AUGGCAAAUAAUUUCAAAAUUCCAGGUAUGCUCUUGGGAAAUGACAGAAACCAGUAUAAUAAGUACACCAAAUAUAUUAUUGACACUGAUGCCGGAGGGGAUGAUGCUCAUGCUAUUAUGAUGGCAUCCUACAUUCUUAAACAUAUAAGAAAGGAUGCUGAAUUAUUGGGGAUAACUUGUGUGUCUGGGAAUGCUAGUUUAUACAACGUAAUUAAAAAUGUACACAUAACAUCCCGAUAUUGUCACUUUGAUUAAGUUCCAGCAAUUUACAAAGGAUGCGAGUUUGAUAGUAUGAGAACAUUUCACAGGGACUUCUUUUUUAAAGAGGAUGGAUUUGGGGGAGUACAAAAAUAGUAUCUAAAAGAACUGAAUGUUGAUGAAAAUCAAUAAUUGUAAGAAAAUAAACAUGCUGUUGAUUUUAUCAAAGAAAGUAUUGAAAAAUAUUAAGAAUAAUUAUGUAUCAUAUGUAUAGGUCCUUUGACAAACAUAUAUCUAACAUUACUUUAACAUCCUUAAAUAGUGAAUUAAUUAGGUUGUUUAUUUUGUAUGUGUGGGACAUAUAUGGGAGUUGGAAAUUAAUAGAAUGGAAUAGCUGAAUUUAAUAUUGCUACUGAUGUUUUAGCAACAAAAAUUGUUUUGUAAGCUGAUUUUAAGAAUAAAAUAAUAUUACCUUUUGAUACUGUAUUAUCUUAUUCUUUGGAUAAAGAUGUGGGAAGUAAAAUAUUUAAUGUACAACACAAUAAAAUAGCUAAAUUGGUUCAUGAUAUCUAUGAAAACGUAUUAUUUGAAACUUGUUAUUAUUUAUGUGACGAAUUGGCAAUAGUUAUGGCUAUGAUGCCAGAAACUAUAACUCAAACAUUGAUAAGAGGAAUUCAUAUAGUUGAGGAUGGGUUUGCUAGAGGAGGAAUGAUAGUGGAUUGGAUAAAAAAAAUGAAAAAGGAGGACAUAUCUGAAGUCUCAAUUGUUACUUAAUUCAAUUGGGAUCAAAUGAUUGAAUUGGCUUUAAAAACUAAUCAAGAAUGA